AUGGUAGCCUCUAUCAGCCCAAAACCGGUCGGCCUCUUGUCCUGCCAGCAGCAGCCGUUCCUAAAGACGCUGGACACGCACGUUGUGAGCUGCUCCGACGGACCCAAUGCUGACGGCCUGUACGAGGUCGAGCUCGAGGACACUGUGAUCUUCCCCGAGGGUGGCGGCCAGCCUGCCGACAUGGGAUCGAUCAGCGGCAUCGCUGUGCGGUUUGCCAAGCGGGAUGGGCUGCGCGCCAUCCAUUACACCGAGUCGCCUGUCGCCACUGGCGCUGCCGUGCAGGUCAGCGUAGAUUUUGCACGGCGGCUGGACCACAUGCAGCAGCAUUCAGGCCAGCACCUUUUGAGCGCCGUUUUGGAGCGCGAGCACGGGCUCGACACGGUGUCAUGGAGCAUGGGCGAUAGGUCGUCGCACGUUGAGCUAAAGACGACCAAAGACUUUGUGCUGAGCCAGUCGGCUAUCGACGCUGUUGAGGAGCGCUGUAAUCAGAUAAUCAUGGAGCAAAUCGUGGUCAAUGUGCGGGUGUUCGAGCAAGGCGCCGGCGACUGCCCGAGCUCGGUACCGGAGGAUUAUGUUGGCGGCGUCAUCCGCUAUGUGGACAUUGGCAAGGACGGAGAAUUCGACAGCAACGCGUGCUGUGGAACGCACAUCACCAACACAUCGCAGUUGCAAGUUGUCAAGCUGGGCGCCACGGACCGCAUUCGGGGCGGCAACACGCGGCUGUUCUUUUACGUCGGCGGACGGGUGCGGCAGUACGCACACGAGUCGCUGGCCAGGGACAAGAAACUUACUGAGCUACUGUCGUGCGGGCCUGAGACACACGGUGAGGCAGUAGAUCGGCUUCUGAAACAGUCGAAGCAGGCGAACAAGUCGCUGCGCAAUCUGCGCCGCCAGCUGGCACCGCUGGUGGCCGCGGACCUGGCCCAGCAGCUGAAUGGAUCCGACAAGGACGGAUUGCGCACAUUGGUCUACCACAGCGAGGAUGGUGACGGGCAGUUUGCCAACGGUGUGGUCAGCGAGCUGGUCAAGCGAGUGAAGGAUGGCAGCUCCGAGGAAGCCGUUGCCCAAGCGAUCGACCAGCUCGGCUCGCUGCUCGGCCAAUGCAAGGGCGGAGCCAAGCGCGGUGUCUGGCAGGGCAAGGCAGCCAGCUUCAACAAGCUGAGCAAGUUUGCCAUGUAA